GUUAAUCUGUGACUCUCCAGCUGAACGACCUGGACACCACACACUCCACACAGUGCCAGAGCAACCCUGAACACUACUAAAAGCGAUGUCUACUGAACGAUUCGACUGCCAUUACUGCAAAGACCAGCUGCUUGGGAAAAAAUACAUCCUAAAAGAGGACACGCAAUACUGCACCAAGUGUUACGAGAACCUCUUCGCUAACUGUUGCGAGAGUUGCUCCUUACCGAUCGGGUGCAACAACAAGGAUCUCUCGUACAAGGACCGCCACUGGCAUGAGAACUGUUUCAAGUGUGGCAAAUGCGGGCGCGCUUUAGCGGAAAAAGCGUUCGCUGCUAAAGAUGACCUUCUGCUCUGCACCGAGUGCUACUCCAACGAGUACUCGGCCAAGUGCACUAAUUGCACUAAAACUAUCCUGCCAGGCUCGCGGAAAAUGGAGUACAAGGGGAACAGCUGGCACGAGACCUGCUUUCUGUGCCAGCGCUGCCAGCAGCCCAUAGGAACCAAGUCCUUCAUCCCCAAAGAUAGCAGCUACUUCUGUGUCGCCUGUUUCGAGAAGCAGUUCGCCUAUCAGUGCUGCUCCUGCAAGAAAGCCAUCACUACUGGCGGAGUGACCUACAACGACAAGCCCUGGCAUCGUGAAUGUUUCACUUGUAUUGGCUGUAAGAAACAGCUGGCAGGGCAACGCUUCACCUCCAGAGAGAACUACCCCUACUGUCUGGAGUGCUUCAGCAACCUGUAUGCUAAGAAAUGCGUCGGUUGCACCAAGCCGAUAACGAGUUUGGGCGGAGCAAAAUAUGUCUCUUUCGAGGAGCGUCAGUGGCACAGCGAGUGUUUCACAUGCAUGCAGUGCUCCGUGUCACUCGUGGGCCGCGGUUUCCUCACGCAGCGUGACGACAUUCUGUGCACCGACUGUGGACGUGAGAAGUGAUAUCAUGCACGGGAAAAGAAAUCACAGCUUUUGAUCAGUUUUCUUCUAUUAUUCUUAAAACGGCUUUGUCUGCAUGUCUUCAUUAUUGUAUCUGGUUGAAAAACCAUCCUAAGCCCUGAAGUUUGUGGAUGGUAUUAACUUUACAGAUCAGAAACGAUCACCUCUGGAUCUAUAGUUUUCCUUUUACUCAUUCUAAUCUAUACGAGUAUACAGUGUAUCAUGAUCAAGUCUGUUAUUUCCUUAAAUCAAGUGUAGUUAAAGUUUAAAAAAAUUAAUAAAUCUCUGUUAUUUAA